CAGCGUACGCCGCCGGGAGACAUCAAUGGUGGAGUACGCGUCUAUUCAGGGAAAGGUCUGAGAAAGACCGUUACUGGGGCUUACAUGGAGAGCUGAAAGUGAAUAUGAGGCGAACAUCCUUAAUGAUGUACAUAUCUGCGGUUCUGCUUGUUAUUUUGUAUGUAUAUAUUGGAUUUUCUGAAGCUGCACCUCGCAUCAGCCUCUACGAUGCGUCGCCUAUCACCAGAAAGCCCGGCUCAGCCUCCGACACCUGGGAGACCUUCCACACCGACAUGCCUCGUCCUCUACCCGGGAGCAGCGUCUCCCUCGGGCCUCUUACACCGGCGCCUGCUAUUGUUUCUGCCGGCCCUACCACCACUGCUACUAGCCCUAUUUCUAAAACUGAAACCACCUUCCACCCUCAUACAACGGACCCGACUACCACCGCUACAACCCAGGAUACUCGAUCAAAUUCAGCCACAAAAAAUCAAAUAACAGCGCCGAUAUCCAGGCUUACAAGCAAAAGAUCCACCGAUGUCCAGACAUCACUUUUUACUCCAGAGAAAACGCUGCAGACCAUGGUCUCUCAGCGCACUGAAAACGAUGCCUGGGCUGCACAUAUUACCCAUAUGGACCCAUCUUUUACCUUUCCAGAGUAUAUUCAAGAGAGUCCUUGUAACUGCAGCAGUGGUAGUGAGGGGAUUCUGGAUCCACAAGACUGUGAUCAGAGCACCGGUCAGUGCUCGUGUCUGUUGGGCUACACGGGGCUGCAGUGUGAGGAAUGUGAGGAGGGAUACUUCACAAACGGCACCAGUGGCUGUCUGCCCUGCGCCUGCGACUCCUUCGGCGCCGUGAACCCCCUCUGUGACAGCUCAGGGAUUUGUGUGUGCAAGACAGGAGUGUACGGACCCAAGUGUGACGAAUGCCACCCCGGUUUCUUCCACUUCAGCAGCACAGGCUGCCGGCCCUGCCAGUGUAACAACCACACCAACUACUGCCACCCACAGUCCGGUGUAUGUCUGAACUGUGAGGGUAACACACAGGGCUCAAACUGUGAGGAGUGUAAGCCUGCUUUUUACCGCAGCCCUGAAACCACCUCGACCGAAGCCUGUGCACCAUGUCCCUGCUCCAACUCCACGUCCACCGGCACCUGUCACACUGAUUCCAGUGGCUCCCCGGUGUGUGACCAGUGCCUUCCUCGGUACAGCGGCCCACAGUGUGAUCAGUGCAGCGCGGGCUUCUACAAAGCGUCAGGAGUUUGUGUUCAAUGUGACUGCAGCGGGAAUGCUGACCCCAAGGGCCCCGUCGAGCUCUGUCACCCCGACACUGGCCACUGUCUCCGCUGCAUCAACAACACCACAGGGCCCCAGUGCCAGCUCUGUGCACCAGGGUUCAUAGGGGACGCCAGAGCACAGAACUGCACCCGUCCAACUCCUCGGCUCAUUCCCUCACCCGCAGCUGCGACCCCAAAAGAAGCCCCCACAUCAAGCACACCCCACCCCUCCACACCCACCACCAGUACACCUUUGACCUCCACAGCAAGAAGCCGCCCCGCCUCCACGUCGAGCAGCAACGCGAGCGAUGCCGUGAGCACGGCUGCCACCACUCAGGCCCUGCUGACCAGCCUGAGCAGCCCCACUGACAACACCACGGCCGCCCUGACCGAGGUCUCCUGGACCCAGUUCAACAUCAUCAUCCUGGCCGUCAUCAUCCUGGUGGUGCUCCUGCUUCUGGGCUUUGUCGGAGGCGUAUACACGUACCGGGAGUACCAGAACCGCAAGCUUAAUGCCCCUUUCUGGACCAUAGAACUGAAAGAGGACAACAUCAGCUUCAGCAGCUAUCACGACAGCAUCCCCAACGCUGACGUGUCGGGCCUGCUGGAGGAUGAAGCCAACGAGGUGGCGCCCAAUGGCCAGCUGGCCCUCACCACGCAGGGGAACUGCUACAAGGCUUAGCACGGCAUACACCCCCAAGACUGGACAGCCAGAAAUACUGAUGACACAAAGCUGCUGGAAAGAACCAAAUCCAAAGCUCCUCAUGUUGACUGCUUUUUGUAACCCUGCAGCACUUCACCACACUUUUCAGACUGACAGUGAGAUCAAGCUGAUGUGAUCAAAUAUGUGGAAAGGAGACUGAUUUCCACUUGAAACAUUUUCCCUUUUUGAUAUGAUUAUGUGUGGAUUUAGUGAAAUGGGUCCAAAGACAAGAGAGUUUUGUUUGAGCUGUGCCUGCAGAGGGCGAUGUUGUGCAGACAAGUUAGGUGAUAGCAUGGUGUAAGACAGGUGCAAACACUCACCUGUCUGCUGAAACAUGAUCCUGACACUGGUUAGAGGACUAACAGGAGCCUAGCAUUUCAGAUAUUUUUAAAAUGGACUUCAGACUGUUUAAGUUAUAACCUGAUCACUGAAGGAGUGAUCUUAAACGGAGACAAUGAUUGUUAUUUAAUGAAUUUUUAUUCUGCUCUUAUUUAUUGGUUGAUGUUCAUUCUCGGGAGAAAUGCUGCACAUGUAUGACGUGUUUAUUCAUGGUGUUUUAUCUUAUGUGCUGUCGAAUGGUAAUUUGAAUUGGCCAGUAUGUUUUCAUGUAUAGUUUGUGUGUUUUUUGGGGGAAGGUAAAGGCUGCUGGCACAUGCAUUGUAAUGACCUCCUCUUUUGUUAAUAGCUUCCUGUUUUUUCAAAGCGUGCCAGCUCACCUGAAGUAUCUUAGAGGAGUGUUUCUUUUAUAGAAACUACAAACUUGCACCACUUGGCACUACUGCGGGGUAGUGACUCAUCCUCGGCUCACGUAAACCACCAUAAUCGACUUCUUAUCUAAUCCGCUUUUUGCUGUCUACCUUAGCAAAUGUUGAACAAACUAUUUACAAAUGUUUAUGUAGAGGUUGGGUUUAUGGCUCAGUCUUAGGUGAUAGGGAGCCACGAAGGUGUACCAGGAAGCGAGAUUAGAGGGAAAGUCUGGCCUGCUGUGUGGGAGAACACCACAGUAAAGGAAAUAGCACACUUCAACUAUUUGACCUCUCUAGGUGCACAAACACACAGGAAGUGUACAAACCACGUCACACACCUUUAGACAGAUUUCAACAUGCAGACGCUGCUCAUUCAAAUGUUUUCAUUGUGGUUUGUGCGCUGCCAUGCCCAGCAAUAAAAACCAUUAAGGACAUAUCUGAAAGCUGACUCCUCAGUCCGGUGGAUGAGUGGUUCUCAACUGGUCUAGCCUCAGGACCCACAGAUAUCUGUGAUGACAAAUCUUGACCCGAAUAGCCAAAAAUUUUCAGCAAUGCACAUUUAGUAAAUAAAAAUGUUGCACUUAAGAUCUUGGAGGGAACAGAAUUUAUGACAGGAACAAGAGACAUGGCAAACGUACCCGUUUUACAACCCCCCUUUCCCCAUUAUAACGUGUAAAUUUUAGCCAAUUUUGCAGAGAUCUUGAGAAAUUACUUCAUUAACAUGGUAAAAAGCUCUUUAUUGCAAGAAAAGUAGAUAAAUGAUUAGCAAUAUUGAUAAAACAUUUAAAUUUACCCAAUUACCACAAUAAAACAGAGUCAAAUAACUGGUGUGGUUGCAUGUUCUUCAUAGAAUUAUGCCACCAUUUUUUUCCAGACACACAUUCCCCUCUGAGAACUGCUCCGUGACCCACUUUUGGGUCCUGACCAGUGUUAAUUUCGUUGACUAAAACUAUGACUAAAACUAUUCGU